AUGGGCUGCUGUGAAAGUUGCCAGAUCGAUGAGAAUGAAUGGACAGAUGAGGGAAACACUGCCCUCUCCUACGCGCAGGACUUCAACCAUAGUGAGGUUGUGGAAAAGUUCACCGCAGCAGGGGCCAAUGAUGAAGAAGAGGAGGAAGAAGACUCCGCAACCAAAAGCCGUAAGAAGCGGGUGAGGACUGAGACUGUCAACCAGGCUGACCUUGAAGUUGCGGCUGCAAUGGCCGUGCUGGACGACGAGCUCUCUGAAGAGGAACAGCGCCGCAAUGCCGCGGUUGGCCAGAUCCGAGAGGUGCAGGAGGGUGCGACUCUGGCACGAGAUCUGGAGGAAUUUGAAGAGGAUGGUCUUGGCUUGGCGCGACUCCAACCAGAGCUCAUGAUGCAAAUGUCCGAGUUUCUUUCCGUGAAGGAUUCUUUGGUCUUACAGGCCGCCUUCGUGACGGCUGCUCAGCAGGCUUUUGGGUGCUUGGUCUCCGGAAGGCUUGGCCAUGAAGCGCAGGCGCCUGACCCCGCAAACCGGGUAAAAGCGUACAACCUGGUGGGUGGAAUGUACUUCUACAAUGCGACUGGAUCUGUCUUUGAUGGUUGGAUCGAGUGCUGGUUCGCGUAUACGGAUUUGACACGCUGGUGCCAGAGAUUGCACGCCAGAGUGGAAGUAAACCCAGAGGGGCGGAAGCUGCAGGAACGCACGCGGCGACUGCAUCGCCGCCUGAGCUGCUUGCAAGUCGUGAAGGCCCGAAGGGAAGAACCCUUCAGAUUUGCAGCGCCCGGUCUUUCUUGA